UUCAACUGAUUGUCUUGUCCAGAAAAACUUCAGAUCGGAUUUAUAACACCCGGAAUUGUGGGUGAUUUGAGGAGGAGAUUCAACAUGAGAUCUGGUAGUGAAGGAGCCAUGUUUGUGAAGGUUGCAGUGGUCCUUCUGUGCCUUGUAAAUCUUUGUAAUGGUGAAGAUCAUAUUGUAGGAGAUAGCACUGGGUGGGAUUUCAAUGUGGAUUAUGAGUCCUGGGCUUCCAAGCAUACAUUUCGUGAAGGUGAUAACUUAGUUUUCAAAUACAACUCCAUGCACACAGUGGUGAAGGUGAAUAGUUCAAACUAUGAAACUUGCAAUCCAGAUUUGCCCUUGUCCGAAGAUGACAAUGGCAAUACCAUUGUUUCUCUUAACUCAGUGGGAGAACACUAUUUCAUAUGCGGUAUUGGAAGUCACUGUCGUGCAGCAAAAAUGAAAUUGAAGGUCACUGUAACUGGCACGUCGAUAUCUCCAUCAAUGGAUCCUGCUGGUGUCCCUGCCACCCCCUCCUCCACAUCUCCUUUACACAACAAGGAUUUUUAUGUCUUUGUAUCAGUCUUAUCUUUUGUGUGCUCUUUCAUUUUCUUCUAAUUGGGGAAUGAUAUCCUAUAGACAUUUUCAAAAUUGAAAUAAUUUAUAAACUUUGGAUU